AGUUUACUGCCUCAGGCUCAGUACAGUGGUGUCGUUUACUCGCUACAAUCCUAGCCUGAUCCUGUCUUCCUUGGCAUAGAAUAGUGCGAGUUAUUUGAAAAAUUCCUGUAAGGAAAGAGGCAAUUGAUCGGAACAGACAAAAGUAGUGCCUGGUAGAAAAGUGGGCGAAAUUAAAUAUUUAUCAGGCUAAGGCCCAAAGGAAGCAGUUAUUCUAUAGUUUACACUGGUGCUACAGUGGUGGUGAUAGCGGUGUAAACAUUGCUGAAGUAAUCAGAUGGCUCGGAGGGGUUGAGCAGUGACGCACGGAUGUCGAGAGCUAUGGCACAGCACGAGGACGGCCAGUCGUCGGCUGGCAUGCACACAUUUCGGCCAUUCCUGCAGGAAUACUCCUUGAUGUCGGAGCUGCGCAACGUCCAGCGGCGGCGCAUCCCAGGCCUGUAUGUCAUACCCAGCGCUACGUCAUCACUGGUGUGGUUCGGUCUAUUAGUGGUCCGCUCUGGUUGUUACACUGGAGGGGUGUUCAAAUUUGUUCUGAUAGCUGAUGACGGCCACCCGCACAGUGGUGCUGUGCCAUUUGUUAUCUUUCAACCACCGGUGUUUCAUCCACUCGUCGACAUGGUAACAGGUCAGAUGAACUGUGGCGUGUCGUUCAGGAAGUGGAAAGCGCAGAGCAACACACUUGCUGAGCUGCUGGAGUUUGUCAAAGACGCAUUCUACCAGGUUACUACUCUGGAGGCCGUUAACCCGGAGGCAUCUUCCAUCUAUACGAAUAAUAAGGACAAUUUCAAGCAGAGAGCCAUGGAGUCGGUUCAGUACUGCAGAAGUCGCUUGUUUGACUCGCUAGCCACUGUGGGCCGCUCCUCCAGUGGUGGGGAUAUAGACGAGGAUGUGGAUGUGCAUGCAUUUCCCGUGUCAUUGAUUGAUGGCGCCUUGCUGGAAGAAGCCAAGGCCAAGAUGAUAGCCAGCUCAGAGCCAGCGGCAGCGUCAGGCAGUGAUGACAGCGCCAGGGCCAGUCCCAGUGAUGGGAAUGCCUCCGAGACGUCGAGCGUAGCAACGUUCACCGGAGACGAGUGCGAGGAGGUGCGACGGUCUGUGCCGACGCGGGGCCUGUCGUGGGUGAAGCAGGGCUCUGCAACGCCCUUCAGUGCAGACAGUGCGGACUCUUGACACCGGCUGUGAUACUGUGUUGUGUCUGGGCCUGCGUGGAGUUUGAUACAUGUGUCCUUUGUCUGAUGAGACUGCAUGCACUACCUGCUGGUCAGGAGAGAUUUCAUCCGCUGCUCUUUUUGAGAUUUUGUUACGCAUCCUUCGAGAGUGCCCUCAGGAGUACCGUGCCAUGUAUGACCUGGUGUCAUGCUUGUGACAACAUGAAAAUUUGGCGAUAUUGUGAUUAUUAUUAUUAUUAUUAUCCACUGGUAUCAUGAAAUAUGACAUGUCUGCUACACUUGAAAUUCUGCAGUACUUGAAGUACAUAUAUUUUGAUAUUUAUCCCACCUCCUCACUCCUUCUCUCCCGCUUCGUGCAACACAUUCACAUCAUCUCAGAUUAUUCCAUCUGCACUUGUGGCGUUGUUUAUGCUUGUUAUUCUGCCCACUGGUGUAAGCACUGCUAAGCCCAUUGAUUUAUUACACUCGUUUUUUAAACAGUUCAGCUGAGCCUGGAAUUCACGGUUCAGCAGAACUGAGAUGGCUCCAUUACCGGCAUACUUCAUUUCUACACGUGUACUUCAAUGAAAUGUGCAGAGCGUUCUGAAAUCAAAAUAAUUCAUUCA